GGACAGUAUGGCCUCUCUCUCUCUCUCUAUCUCUCUCAACACAUUGAGUAGUAGUAGUAGUAGUAAUUGAUUUGAGAGAGUUUUAAAUUUUCCAACUUCAGAUUGAUCUCUAUUUAAAAAGAGGCAUAGCCCACUGCUUUCUCCCAUGCACUUGUCUUCAUCACCUCCAACACAACUCCUUGUGUGUUUUCUUCCAUUUCUUAUCCCUCCCUCCCACCUUCAUUUAACUCACUCACCUAUAUAUACCUAGCUAGGGUUCCACUAAAACAAAAGAAAACAAAAACCUCUCCAAAUUUGAUCAUCAAUUUCUUAGAUCAAUUCAAUCCUACCUACAAUGUCGAGCAGGAGAUCGCGUUCCAGACAGUCGGGAGCCUCCCGAAUCAGUGACGAACAGAUUGUCGAUCUCGUCUCCCGACUCCAGCAGCUCAUCCCCGAGAUCCGCAACAGACGCUCCGACAAGGUUUCUGCUUCGAAGGUGUUGCAGGAGACUUGCAACUACAUAAGGAGCUUGCACAGAGAGGUGGAUGAUCUCAGCGAUCGACUAUCCGAGCUGCUCGAGUCCACGGACAGCGAUAGCGCUCAAGCAGCCAUAAUUAGGAGCUUGUUAAUGUGAUGAUUAAUUAAUAAAUAUGUUAAUUACGCCUUUUUCUUUUGCUCCUUUGCUGUCUAGGGUUUGGUCACUAUGUAAGGCCGACUUAGAACUUUUCCCAUCUCCUAUAGCUAUUUGGGUGCUAUGCCUAAUUAGUUAUAUAUAUAUAAAUAUUAUUAUUGCGUUUA